UUAUUUUUUAUUUAUAGAAUCUCGAUCCAACAAUCACUGCCGUUGCGGCUUUCAAGUUUUGAGUGUGGUUGGGGAUGGUCGAUGGUGGUAUCUAACUGGUGUGUGAUGAGAUGCACAGAAUCAUAGAUAGAUAAGGCUGUAAAACUAAGCUUGGCCAUUAAAAUGUAACUGCCGUCAAAAUCAUAAGAUGCUCUCAACAAACCACCACUCCCCUCAACCCCUCGGCCUCUCAUCCCCACACCAACCCUCAUCUCUUCCUCCCAACCACCUCCACUUCCACCUCCAUCGCCGCCACCUUCUCACCACCGUCUCCCUCACUUUCACAACCCCGCUGCUGCCCGUUCUAGACCCGCCAGCCACUGCGCGCGGCCUUUUCCAGAUGCCCCCUCCUCGCCUCACCAACCGGUAUUUUCUGGUGAGGGCAGGGGAGUCUGAGUUCGAGAGCAUGGGAGUGAUCAACACGAAUCCGGUGGCGAAGACCUCCGUGGACAGCGGCUUAUCGGAGAGAGGGAAGAAGCAGGCAGUAAGAGCAGCUUUGGACUUGAAAGAAAUGGGAGCUUGUGACAAGAGCUGUUGGAUAUGGCCAGCUAUAACUCAGAGAGCUUACCAGACUGCUGAGAUCAUUGCUUCUCUCAAUGCCGUUACUCGCAGUUUCAUAGUCCCAGAGUACAGCUUUCUGGAUGCUCGUGGAUUAGGUGCCUAUGAAGGAAAAAACCUGGAAUCCGUUUCAGAAUGGAAUGAUGUUAAUUCAAGUGUGGGAAUGCGGCAGAUAUAUGCAUCAGAUAGUGUAUCACCAAACAACAAACCUCCUCCAGUUGAUGAUGGAACACCAAAUGAGAGUGUUGCAGAUGUCUUUGUUCGUGUAACACAACUCAUGUCAAUUCUUGAAACUCAGUACUCUGGGGACACAGUUGUCAUAGUCUCGCCGGAUUCGGACAACUUGACAAUCCUUCAGGCUGGAUUGAUAGGACUUGAUCUUAGAAGGCACAGGGAUUUGUCUUUUGCACCUGGCGAAGUCCGAUUCGUCGACACAAACGACAUUCCUACUUACAAGCAGCCUGCAUCUGCUGUAUAUAAAUGUUUCAACCCACCAAAUUGUAACUAGCUGAGGAUAGGGAGAAAGUCACGUUGUAAUUCUGUAUAGUGUAUACUAUGUGCACAUUAAGCUAAUCCAUUAAAAGGCUUGAAGCUAUGUCAUCUCUGAAUUAUAUAAAGUGUUCAAAAACAA